AUUUACAAGCUUUGUAUAUUAUUAUUUUCAAAGAGAAAAACAGAGUACCAAACAGUAUGUGUAGUAAUGAGGCCUGUAUGCCAGAGAAAAUGACAACUAACUAAACCUCUUUCUACCAAUGGCUGAACAACACGUGCGGCCUUGGAAUUUAACCAGCACCUCCAAUUGAGAAAUAUAAUAAAUUACAUAUAUAAUGGAAAAGACCAAAGAAAACCAUAGAGUUUGUGUAACUGGGGCUUCUGGACUUAUUGGUUCUUGGCUGGUUAAAAGGCUUCUGGAGAAGGGUCAUACUGUUCAUGCCACUCUGAGGAACUUGGAGGAUGAAUCGAAAGUAGGUCUUCUGAAGUCUCUGCCUCACGCAGACACCAAGUUAUCGCUAUUCCAAGCUGAUAUAUACAAUCCCAUGGAUUUUGAUCCCGCAAUUAAAGGGUGCGAAUUUGUUUUCCAUGUGGCCACUCCCAUGCUACACAACUCUCAAAGCUCUCUGAUCUUAAAAAACUUGCAGUACAAGGACACAGCCGAAGCUGCCAUAGCUGGGGUUAGAAGCAUUGCUGAUUCUUGCAUUCGAUGGCAGACCGUCAAGCGACUCAUCUACACCGCCAGCUGCAUGUCGGCAUCGCCAGUCACAAAUGAUGGGGUUGGAACGAAGUCCUGUGUUGAUGAAUCCUGUUGGACACCACUUAAUGUUUCAUUUACUUAUUUCAACGAUUUUCUUUUGGGAUAUACAAGAUCAAAGACAUUGGCAGAGAAAGAAAUUUUGAGCUACAAUGAAGUUGAUAAUGGUAAACUAGAGGUGGUAACAAUUCCUUGUGGUGUUGUUGGGGGAGAUCAAACUCUUCUUCCCUAUCUUAAUAUAACUGUGGAAACACUUUUGUCACAACUCAGUGGGAAUUUAUGCGGUUACAAUUCAUUAAAAUGUGUGCAAGAAAUUACAGGUUCAAUUCCUCUUGUACACCUUGAAGAUGUUUGUGAAGCACAUAUCUUCUGCAUGGAACAACCUUCAUUGAGAGGCAGAUAUUUCUGUUCAGUGGUCAAUCCGACUCUCAAAGAAAUUGCUCUUUACAUCCAAGAAAACUACCCGGAAUACAAGAUUGCUGAAGAGUUAAUGGGAGGAGCAGAGAAAGGAAUUGUACAUGAUUUCACCAAGUUGACCAAGAUGGGUUUUGUAUAUAAAAAUGGUAUGGAGAAGAUACUGGAUGACUGCAUAAGAUACGGAAAACGAUUUGGAGCUCUCUAAGACCACUAUUCCAAUGUAAGGGAAUCCUAAAGAUAAUUAUUUAUAUGUGGCAAACUGCCGUACGUUUUCUCUUUUCAAUAUGUAAUCCCUUCUCUCUCGUUGAUCGCAACCACCUGUUCUACUUGAAAAAUCUUUUUAUUUUUAUUUGAUCACA